AUGACUUCUGGUGAAACUCAGCACUUUGAAUCUAAAUCCUUCAUCCAGAGGGAAUCUGGUGCGAUUCAAGAUGCGGAUUUAGAGUCUAGCAUCGACUGGUCUUCUUCUUAUCUCGAAUAUCACGCUUCUGGUUCUGGAGAGCAUAAAGAAAUGAAAAGUGAGUCUGAAACUAGUGUGCGUCAAUUACUUUGCUUUUUAGGGUACCGGUAGUUGACAACAAACUAUUUUCAUCCAUGCUAAAUGCGUUUAACCCGGGAAACUAUCAGUGUUUUCUAGAAAAAAACAUUUUGGACACCUAUACUGGAAAAUAUCAAGACAGCUUAUCGGAACUCGCAGCAUUUUUCUAAUAAAUCAGUUAAUACACUCUGUCUCAUUCCGGUGUGUUUGCCUUAUCUCACGUACAAGGCAUUGAUAAUUUAUGGUUAGUUACGUCACAAAUACGUGCUUGACUAGAGAGGACAAGCGUUGAUGUAUUCCCAACACUUUAGUCAUAUUUCUUCUUUCAUAACUUGUCAACUAUUUCCUGUCGCCUCUCACGAUAUAGAGCCUAAAAUUUAUGAUGAAUGGGAGUUUGAGGAUUCUGAUUCUAAUUCUGGCCCUGGCUCUUCUCCGAAACCCACGCGGCCUCGACAUAUUCAAACUAAAAGUGGUGCUAAAUGGGUCACUGAUGACCCCGGAGAUACCCAACAGGACACUGAAACCCACCUGGGAUCUGAUCAAGAGCCACCUACAGAACCAGGAUCUGAUAUUCGCUGGAUUGGUUUGUCCUUGGCUCACAGAAAAAGCUAUGAGGAAAGAGUAAGUGUUGGGAAAGGAGAUAACAAAAAGGAGAAAGAAAAAGGAGUUGGCUUUUCCAUCAUCAUAACCUCCGUGGUCGGAGGAGUAUUUCUGUUUCUUCUGACGAUUUCUCUCCUUGUGUUUACAUGGUAUGUACAACUUACAUGAAAAUCAAUCUUUAGCAACCACACACCGUAAUCAUUUGUUUGAUUAGUGGUCUUGAUAUGUUUGGCUUGGGUUGGAUGUACUACGAAAUGUCGUUACUCACCAGGCAUCGGUUGUUCGAAGUUUGAAUAACACUAUAUCCACAGGAUUAGUCUCUAUCCAUAGCGAAUAGCGCAGAAGCUUUUGAUAACACUCAUCCACUAGGUAGUUUUUUGUCCGUUGGAUAACGUUAUCUGUCCCUUCAGCAAAUGGGCCCUAGCUCUUUGGAGGGACAUAAUUGGUAACCAAUCUCUAAACGAAAGAAAAUACGUAAGGUCAGUGCUUUAUCUACAAUUUGACCUUUCUUCUCACAUAAUCACAAAGAGUCUGAAUCUUUCUGUGUUUCGCUUUCAACCGAUUAUAUUUCCCGUACCGACUCUGAAGAUGGAGUUAGACGAUAACGGAACAGUAGGUCGGUGAUGAUCUAAUUAUUCUCGUAGCUGAAGACAAGGUUCAUAAACUUUAUUUUCUUACUUCCAGGCCUAUAAGGAAAUACUAUGAAUACAAGUACACGACUAUGAGAACUGGUAAUGCUAACACUGGUCAAGAUGGCGAGGAAGAACUCACGAGCAUCAGAGUUGAUAGCAGUCAUCCUUCAGCGGCUGAAUAUCCUGCAGGCUAUUACUACUAUUUCUAUCCUCAGGAAGAACCUAUUCCCGGUCCUGAUCAAACCUCAGGUAUAAAAAUAAACUCUCUAUCACAGUCAUUUUAAAGGUUUAUGGCUUAAGGCCGGAAAAGCUAGCUGGGCUUUAAGGGGAGGAAAUACGAAAAUUCACACGACUGAGAGAUUUACAAUUGAGAGAGGGCAAAACGGGUGUUAGAGAGUGCCGGUGGUGGACUAUCCAGCGUCUUAAUAAAUUUAUUAUUAAAUCGUAUUCUUUCUAGGAAAGCAGAAUACGAUAAUUAUUGUAUUAAUGGACAUGCUUGUACUAGUAGGGGUGGCGAGAUAAUGUGAGUUUUACAUCCUCGAAACGGUGGCGCUCAAUUCUCGAGCUUAGAGUCGCUUGUGGGAUUAAUUUGAUUCUGAGAUUCUUUCUUCAAAGAAUGUUUGACCAAAACCUCCGGUUUUUCUAUCUUUUGGAGAACUAACAGUUUCUAAUAUCGAUUCGAACGGGAAACAGCUGACUAAGAAUCAGAUUGUAGGAUAUUCUAGCACAAGAAUCUUAUAUGGUUCAAUCUGAGGGAAGUGAAUCGGUUUGUUAUAUCUGCACUCUUUCCUUUUUACUUCCUUUAAGAAACAGAUGAAUAUUUGGUGGCCUCGACAAAUGACUACGUGGGUACGGCAGUUCCCCAGGGUGCGGCAGUCCCGGAUGAUACAGAAGUCCCCCAGGUAACGGAAGUCUCCCAGGGUAUCCAUGACAAAGUGAGAACGACCAAGGAUGUGAUUAAAGACGAUAGGCAAAGAGAUUUCCGGAAUGCUGAAAGGAGAAAGAUCAUCAAACGCCAUACCUCUGAGAGGAAAAAUUCCCUUCUCGACAGCUUGACGACAGCGAAAUUAUUGAUUUACGGCCAUUCUAAGAACAAAGAAUUUGAGAAAAAGGCCUCUGAACGGCGCCGUGUGAUAAAAUGUUGUGAAUCAGAACUUUUGCCGCAGAGUAUUACGUUUGCUGACGAAAUUCAGACCGCAUAUUCAGUGAUUGUGCCAAAAUGGAACCACAGAGAGAGCUUGAGAAAGUCAAAAGAGAAGUGCCAGGCAAUGAAGAAUCAGUUUUCUUGCAAGAGGAAACCAUCACUGGCGGAGGAAAUUAAAUUUGCGAGGGAGAUCAUCGUGGACAGUGAAAGACGAAAGUAUGAAAUUCCAGCUGCUGUUAUCGAGGAGGUUGGUAUCCCUCCCGGGGGGGCACGUACAUCCUAG